AUGGCAGAUAACAGCUCGCUGGUUGGUGGAGAGUCUUUACGGCGGCAGAUCAACUUAGAGGUUCUUAUUGUGCAGAUCCUUGUGAUGAUUUUUCUUUCCAUCAAUUUGAUGCUCAUCACAACCUUUUUUAAAAAGGAGUGCUUCUACAAAACUACACGCUACAUCUUAUUUGCUGUUACACUAUUGUCUGAUAGCUUCUUAUUGUUCAUGUCUAAUAUAAUGCUCCUCUUGAGCUAUUUUAGAUUAACCAUGCCAGUUUGGUUAUGCAUCAUUAUCUCUGUUGUAGUUAUUCUGUAUUUCACAGUCACACCAGUUACUUUGACAGCAAUGACUCUGGAGCGCUACGUGGCCAUUUGCAUGCCCCUGCGCCAUGGAGAGCUGUGCUCCCAAAGCAGCACUGUGAACUGUAUCCUCAUCAUUCACGGUCUCAGCUCCGUACCUUGUAUUGUUGUUCUCUCCAUCUUCUUUGCAUCAGCCUCCCAUAGCUUUUACACUCAGUACAGAGUGUGCUCUGUGGAGAUAUUCAUUGUGUACAGAUGGCAGGAUCAUAUUAGGGCAGGUGUAUAUCAGUUAUAUUUCAUGCUCAUGUGCAUUACUAUUGUAUUCUGCUAUGUUAAAAUAAUGAAAGUGGCCAAAGCUGCAUCAGGAGAGAAUAAAAACUCAACAUGGAAAGGCCUCAAAACUGUAAUUCUUCAUGCUUUCCAGCUGCUGCUCUGUCUCAUCCAGAUGUGGUGUCCAUUCAUAGAAUCUGCUGUACUUCAUAUUAGUUUAAAAUUAUUUAUUGAUGUCAGAUACGUUAACUACUUAACUUUAAGUCUUUCUCCCAAAUGCCUGAGUCCCCUCAUUUACGGCUUCAGGGAUGAAACAUUUUUUAAUGCGCUUAAAAGCUAUGUCUGCUUUGGCUUGUGUAAAAGAAAUAUUGAAAAAUACCGUUGUAGCAUUUAA